GCUCUGUUUGACAGUUCUUACAAAUUUAUUUUUUUACUUCGUUGGACGUGGUAGUUCUUUUUUUGCUAGAAUUUUUCUUCGCUAAUUAUGUGGGGUGAUACUAUUUUAAUUGUUUUUAUUUCGAUUUGUACCGCUUUCUUGGGUGAAGGUCUGACAUGGCUUUUGGUCUAUCGCACAGAAAAAUAUCAAAAACUGAAGGGUGAAGUGGAAAAGCAAAGUAAAAAAUUGGAACGUAGAAAAGAAAUUCAUGGCGAAUCUUUGGAUAAAUCGCAAAAAAAGAAAAUCGAACGUGAUGAGGAAAAGUUGAAGAACAAUAACAGAGAUUUAUCUUUGGUGAAAAUGAAAUCUAUGUUUGCAACAGGUUUUGCUUUUACAGCUCUAUUGAGUAUGUUCAAUAGCAUUUUUGAUGGACGCGUUGUAGCACAAUUACCCUUUACACCCAUUUCCUGGAUUCAAGGUUUAAGUCAUCGUAAUUUAUCCGGUGAUGAUUUUACCGAUUGUUCCUUUAUCUUUUUGUACAUUUUAUGCACCAUGUCCAUUAGGCAAAAUAUACAAAAAAUGUUAGGUUUUGCUCCCUCUCGUGCGGCUAGCAAACAGGGUGGCGGCUUAUUUGGUCCACCAGGACAAUUUAAAUAAUUCAACUAAAUACAAAUAACAAUUGUAAAUUUAAUUUUAAAUAAAAAAAAUUAUGUUUAUUACUUGAACAUUAUUUAUAAUAAAAGAAGAACACACAAAUUUUAAAA